UAGGUCUUCUUGUGCCCAUGAACCCCUCCUCCCCACGGGCCUGUCCACAGGGGCUUGGGAUCAGCCAGAAAAGUCAGGCAGCUCACUAGAGCCAGGGGACAUGAGGUUCCUUUGCCAGACUAAGUUCUGUCCCUGGGAGCUGCACGGUGCCUAGCCCCACCCCUUGCUCUGUGCCCCCCCCCCUCUACUGCCGGAGACUUUGACCUUGCGUUCCAGUCCUAGCUGGUGGGCUGAAGGCUGAAGUCAACACGCCCCAGAAUCUGGAACAUUCCUGCCAGAAACGGGAACCUGCAACCACACACCUUUUUCCUCCAGACACCUGGACUGAGCGUGAAACACAGGCUGUCAAGUGUGGUGACAGGGACCUUCACCAGCCAAGCCGUCUUACAGGGUGAAUUUGAGAAUUAGAAGGCAGAUGGAUAUAAAAUGCCUGAUGCUGACCCGUGCCUAGCUGGUGUGAUGCGUGUGGUCGUGAUCGGAGCGGGAGUCAUUGGACUGUCCACGGCCCUCUGCAUCCACGAGCGUUUCCACCCAGCGCAGCCACUGCACAUGACGGUAUAUGCAGACCGCUUCACCCCGCUUACCACCAGCGACGUGGCUGCCGGCUUAUGGCAGCCCUAUCUCUCGGACUCCAGCAACCCACAGGAAGCGGAGUGGGGUCAGCAAACCUUCGACUACCUGCUGAGCCACAUCCAUUCUCAAGAUGCUGAAAAAAUGGGCUUGUCCCUAAUCUCAGGCUAUAAUCUCUUCCAACAUGAAGUUCCGGACCCUUCCUGGAGAAACACAGCUCUGGGAUUUCGGAAGCUGACCCCCAGAGAGAUGGACAUAUUUCCUGAGUACAGCUAUGGCUGGUUCAACACAAGCCUCUCUUUAGAGGGGAAGAGGUACCUGCCGUGGCUGACUGAGAGGUUGACAGAGAGGGGCGUGAAGCUCUUCCAUCGGAAGGUGGAGUCUUUUGAAGAGGUGGCAAGAGGAGGUGCGGAUGUGAUCAUCAACUGUACCGGGGUGUGGGCCGGGGCGCUGCAAACAGACGCCCUGCUGCAGCCAGGCCGGGGCCAGAUCAUUCAGGUGGAGGCCCCGUGGAUUAAGCACUUCAUUCUCACCCACGACUCAAGCCUUGGCAUCUACAACUCCCCAUACAUCAUCCCAGGGUCCAAGACAGUUUCUCUCGGAGGUGUCUUCCAGCUGGGGAACUGGAAUGAAUUAAACAGUGUCCAUGACCACAACAGCAUUUGGAAAAGAUGCUGUAAUCUGGAGCCCACCCUGAAGAAUGCCAGAAUUGUUGGUGAACUCACUGGUUUCCGGCCAGUCCGGCCUCAGGUUCGGCUAGAAAGAGAAAAGCUUCAUUUUGGAUCUUCAAGUGCAGAGGUCAUCCAUAACUAUGGUCAUGGAGGCUACGGAGUCACAGUUCACUGGGGUUGUGCAAUGGAGGCAGCCAACCUCUUUGGAAAAAUUCUAGAAGAAAAGAAGUUGUCCAGGAUGCCGCCAUCCCACCUCUGAGGACUCAAGUGACCAUCACUUGCUCCAUGAGGACACCCCAGUGCCCUACAGCCAAUUAAUUGAUAUUUUCUUUGGUGAUCGUUUUCACUCCCUCUCCCCAGCUUCCUUAGGCAAAGGUGUGAGGUGGAGAAAUCCUGGUCCUCCCCACGUAUCCCAUCUGGUAAAGCAUCUGCAGGAUGCUGGCUGGUCCUAAACCAGUUUGCGUGAGAGAGGCGGGGGUUCGAGGUCAUGAAGCAAUGCUAGUCUCACAACAGAACGACUGAGCUCAGGUUGGGUAUACUGGGUGGCAGGGUCUGGGCUCAUCUGCUAAGGAGUCCAGACACCUUUGCUUAGACCUCCGGAGCGGUUCACAGCACACUUGACGUCUACCAUAGUAAUGGGAGGAGGGGGACUCCUGCCCUUGCUACUCUGCUGAUCAACAUUAUUAAAACAUUGUGGCUAUCCAAA